CAGCUGAUGAGGGCUCGGCAGGCGGGCAGGACUCCUGUCUGCCUGCCUGUCAAGCAGGAGCUGCCCCUAUCCACAUGUAAAGAAGGAAGCAGAGCCUUUCACCACUGCAUGCAGCAUGGGGUCUGAUGACUCGUACAAUUUUGUGUUUAAAGUGGUUUUGAUAGGGGAGUCCGGCGUAGGAAAGAGCAACCUUCUCUCCCGCUUCACCAAGAAUGAGUUCAACCACGACAGCCGCACAACCAUCGGUGUUGAGUUCAGCACGCGGACCGUGCAGCUCAACAACUACAUCAUCAAAGCUCAGAUCUGGGACACAGCUGGACUGGAGCGCUACAGGGCCAUCACCUCAGCGUAUUACAGGGGAGCGGUCGGGGCUCUGCUGGUGUACGACGUGAGCAAGCACCUGACCUAUGAGAGUGCAGAGCGGUGGCUGAAAGAGCUGUACGAACACGCAGACCCUCACAUCGUGGUCAUGCUGGUGGGAAACAAGAGAGACCUGGACACCCUCAGGACUGUGCCCACAGAGGCGGCCCGGGACUUUGCAGAUAAGAAUGGUCUUAUGUUCAUGGAAACGUCAGCGUUGGACUCCACCAACGUGGAGGCUGCUUUCAACGAAGUCCUCACGGCGAUCCAUAAGAAGGUGGCGAGUAAAGAGGUGACCCGUGGCUCCAUUAGCGCUGUGACUCUGUCCGGCUCCUUUGGACCGACCGGUGAGCCUCAAGAGGAGCGGAGAAGCUGCUGCAAGAGCUCUUAACUCAGACUCUGCUCGGCCCACGUUACAGCUACGUUUUGAGUAUGACAUCAAGAGCACCGUGUACCACGUGGUGGCCGAUGGAUGCUUUUCUCCGUGUGUUGUGAACGUGUGUAAUGAGUUGUAAAGUUUAUAAAGGAAUGCACUGGGAUUACUUUGGAAUAAAUUAUUUAUGUCA